UAUGCCGCUCCGAGCUCAGAGAAGCAAGAAGGAUGGGAAGCGGUUGACAGUUACAGGAGAAAAGUACAGUCGUCUGUCUGUUAUAAUAUAUAUUUUUAGUUAAUUCCGACGGCGUAAGUAAAGUAGAGUUAUUUGGAGCGUGAAUGAGAUCGCAAAGCCCUAUUUGAGUGGUUUUGAGGGAAGGGGGUAGACAGGAAAAGGCCACAGCUGCAUCCCUCCUUAAGGCUUACUAAGGAAUAAGAUUGACCAGAUCCAAGUUGCUUAUAACAGUGCCCAUGGCAAUUCAAAAUGGGAUUCAGGUGUGGUUUGGAGAAAAAUUUGAUAUACCAGCAUUAAGCCCCCGAAGUCCAUUAACACCAAGACAUGGCCCUGGUUUGGCAGAUGUGUUCCAGUAUGACCAGUGGCUUUCAGUACGACACGAGGCCACCUUGGUGCCAAUGCAGGAGGAUUUGGCCAUCUGGCUGACUGGCAUGUUAGGGCGAGAAGUAAAAGCACAUCGCUUCAUGAAAGAACUAGAUAAUGGAGUUUUGCUGUGUCAGUUAAUUGGAGUCCUACAGAAAAAAGUAUCUGAAUGCUGUAAACCGGAGAAAGUCAAGCAAUUUCCCAUGAAAAAGGUUUAUUUCAAGAAAAGUGCUCCUUCAGGAUCAUUUUUUGCUCGUGACAACACUGCAAACUUUCUUAGCUGGUGUCGGAAUAUUGGUGUAGAUGAGACCUACCUCUUUGAAUCUGAGGGUCUGGUUUUGCAUAAAGAACCAAGACAGGUGUGCCUUUGCCUCUUAGAAAUAGGAAGAAUUGUAUCUCAGUAUAAUGUAGAACCUCCAGUUUUGGUGAAGUUUGAAAAAGAAAUCGAGCUGGAAGAAACACUGCUCACUGAAACGGGUCCUCCAGUGCCAGCAACGACUUUCAAUGUAUGCUGUCAUCAAGGAGAUCUUCACGAGGCGGUACAACACAUUGCACAAGAUCCUCCAUGCAACUGCUCUCACAGGUUUUCUAUUGAGUAUUUGUCUGAAGGGAGAUAUCGGUUAGGUGGUAAAAUCCUUUUCAUAAGGAUGCUACAUGGAAAACAUGUGAUGGUGCGUGUUGGUGGAGGCUGGGAUACACUUCAAGGCUUCUUGCUGAAGUAUGAUCCAUGCAGAGUGUUACAGUUCAGCACUCUUGAAGAAAAAAUUCUCUCUUUUCAAAAGGGAGGUUUAGGACCACUCGAUGUUCCAGCAUCACCAGCCAGGACUCCUCAGACACCAACCUUCAAUCCUUUAUCAGCUAUUACUUUUUCUUCAUCCUCUAAGCCGAACUCCCCUGCUUUGGUAUCUAGUCUACCCGGAAACAAUGCGCAGACUUCAAGUAAAGCUUCACGGACACCUGUGAGCACACCACGAAUGGCAAUAAAACAAUCUCCCUUGCCAUGUACUAAAUCUACACUUCUGUCUAGUCCAGCAGCUGAUGUCAUUCAGAAUCCAAUGAAGAGCACACAUUUUUCACGACGGAGCCCAGUAACAGUCACUAAAAACCUAGAUAGCCAAACAAAGCGUCCCCAAACGCCUCUGACACGUCCCCCAACAGUGACUUCUCUAAAGUCCUCAACAUCCAGGAUUGUACAGAGUCCUGCUUUACCGAAAAAUCAACAUGUUUGUGCUGUAAAAUGUUCAAAGACAUCAAGUAAUAAUCCAAGGAUAAUUUCUAAACCCACACCUUCACUAGCAAAAUCCCUUUCAUCUACUUCCAAAUUGAAGUCAACUGUGACAUGCUCUGAUUUUAAGAGUUCACCAGUUUUGGCUACAAGGACAGUACCUACAAAGGAUCGGUACCACCAAAAGAACCUCUUGGAGUCGUCUUCUCCUCUAGCUACCCCCACUGUUCAUCGAAGACUUUCACAAAGACGUCCUGGGUCGCCUGCUGCUUCACUUAGGAUCAACACUGAACAUAUCUCGGAAAAACCUAAUCCUCAUCUUAAGAAUGGGAAGAUCAGUAACCGGAAAGUUCCUGCUACAAGCUGCACUGCACUUAAAAAGAAUUUGAUUUCUAGUACUAACAAUCCUAAAAAUACCACAAAAUUACCUCAUUCCACUGAUGUUACUAUCAAAAGACAUGUGGAAACAACUGUAAGAAAUCCCACAAGAUGUACCAAAAGUACUACUUCUGUUUAUUCUAAUGAAAAAAAUAUGACAAGGACCCCUUUGUCAGUGGUAAAGAACAGACAGACUGCAGUGAAAACUCCUGAUGCUCCACAGCGCACACAGUCUCCUAAGACCCCAGUUACUGUUAGACAGAAUGCAGAGAUAUCAAAGGUGCAAAGCUGUGUGAAAAAGAACAACUCAAAGCCAAAGAGCCCUGCUCCGUCAAAGAACAAAACUGAGGACCCUUACUUUGUAAUGAACAGCAAGAAAAAACAAAAAAAAUAAUUUUCCGAGCAUAUUUAAAAUAUCAUUUUGGACAUGUAUGCAUUUACUUGUUCUGUUUGCAAAUAAGUAAUCUACAGUUUUACUCUUUUAUUUUUAAAGCUUUGAAUAAGGUUUCUUUAAUUCACUACAGUAUUGUGAUAAUGGAAUUUUUUACAUAACGUGUCGACUGAUAUGAACACGAAUAGGACUAGCAGUUGUAUUUUUGUAGUCUGGUUCACCCGUUUUUGAAAUGACGCAGUAGUGUCAAGUAAGCUGUUUUUUUCAGUGCUAAUUAAAGACCCAGUUGAAACAACAGAUAGAGAACCCAUCAGGACCUUUAAAUGGAGAGUGCAUUCCCGUUUAGCGGUUGCAUACAGUAUACCAAAUAUACAUUACACUUUAGAAUAUUUUAAUAUUCAGCUGCCUUCUGAAUGAGUAUUUAAACGAAAAUUAAAACCUUGAAUUAUGACUUUGAAUGUAUGAAAUUCAGCAAAUAUGCAGGCUGUACUUUUGUUAACAAAUAUAAUUCCAUUUUAUUUUACUGAAGAAAGCAUUUAUCUCAAUGACUGAAAGAUGAUUUUAACACUAAGUGGAAAUAUGUUUUUGACAUAUGAGAGUGUUUAAUGUGGGAAAUUCCACUGAUCUUCCAAAAGUUUAAAUAAAAACCUACCCUUGUUUGUAAUUUUAUCCAAAUAUAGCAUUGAGUUCAAAAAUAAAAACAAAACUUGUUUUGUAUCGCGUGAUUAAAAAAAGUGAUCAUGUGGCAAAGCAAUCAGCUUUCAGUGCCGUUUUAAGUUUUGGUAUUGUACAGUUAGCAAGGCGAUGACAGUGAGAUGGAUCGAUGCUUAAUUAAAAAUAAAAACAAAAAAAUGUACAUAGUCCUGACAAAACCAUUGCCAUUCAUUCAUUUGAUGUAAUGAAUUUACAGCUUUGUCAAAUAAAAAGACUGAGGUGUCAAGUUAAGUGGAAAUUUCUACCUAUAGCUAGUCUAAAAUAGUGCCACAACGAGUAACUUAAAAUUCCACAAUAGUUUCAAAUGAAAGAAUUACAAGUUGGUGUUUUAAAACUUCCACAUUGUCCAGACUACCGAGCAGCUCGGCUCAUCUUGGUACUUUGCAAAGUCCUUACCGGCACUGCAUUCUUACAGAGAUGUAAUCCUAGUAGGACUUCCACACAGCAAAUUCAAAACACACAAUUUGUGGCACUCAUUAGAUUUUUUUUAAGUUAAUAGAGCAUCUAUCAGUUCAACUACAAUGUGAUGAAAGUACAUAUGGCAUAUAAUUGAAUACUUUGAGAAUGACCCGACAUACAGCAGACAGUUGUCACUUUGCUGACUAGUCACGUAAUUAUAGAGCUGAUGAAGCUAGGACUUUUCUGUAGUUAAAUCUGGAUGUGCUCACUGAAAGCACACAAUGGCAAAUGUCCGAUCAGUUCCAUAAGUUGUAUUGGAAGCAACAUAGCGAUUCUGACAUAGGUGGUGAGAAAGCAUAGUUUAGUUUUCAUUAAGUGAUAUUAAUUGUACAGUUGCGAACGUAACAUUACAACAGCAAAUAUCAGAAACUUAAAGUGACUUGUGUACGUACUUUAAUUGAAUUGUCUUACGAAAGAAGCUUUAGACGUAGUAGUUAUCUUAAUAAUCUCUGAUAUUGGCUGUUGAUGCUGGAACAGGUGGAGUUUCAUAGUAUUUGACUGUGCCUUGUGUAUUUUUUAAUUACUAAAAACAUAAUCAAUACAUUGAUCAAAAAUACAGAUUAAGAUAUAUUAAGUAGUCGAAGACAAAUCAUGUAUCAGUGUUUCAUUGUUUUCAACGUAUUCUGAAAUAUCACCCCUCAUCAAAAACAGAUUCACAACAACAUUGUAGAUUGGUAGCCUUGUUGUUAUUCUUAUAUUGUGAAGUAAAAACUGAUUGACAUAUUUUAAAAAAAAAUAUUGUAGAAAAUGACGUAAAAGGAAAAAUGAAGAGAUGACCGUGACCACAGUUUGUAGUGCAUGUGUUAUAAGCAUUACUUUUCAAUUACAGCAUACACAGUUUUAUGAAGCGGGAGGAGAUCACUUGCUCCAUCGAGCAGUGUUGGGUAGCAAGUGAACAUCAUCCAGUUUAAUUUGUAAAAACUGUCAAAUUCAUAACAUUCCUUUGUGUGCAGCAGUGUUUCCAGAAUUCCGUCUUAGAUGAUCCCAGUUGAUGUUUCAGCUUUUUGAUGAAAGUUUGUCACUUCUUGCUCCCCCAGUAUUUCCAGAAUGCUAUCAAGUGGAGACACAAAGGUGCUGAUUGAAGCCCAUGCCUGGCCCACUCUUUUCUGGCAGUUGGAAUGUUUGUCUUUGUGCCUGAAACCUUUUUAUAUUUUAAAUGAAGCUAAAAAAGGAACUAGUUACAAAGUUCUAAUGGUAAGCUUUUUAAUUACCUUGGAAGAAUAUAUUUUUUAGUGAAAACAUAUCCAUGGAACACUUUGAGUAUAAUGACGUAUCUUUAGCACUUGUGAACCUCGUUUUAACUAUAAAUAAAUACUGUACAUAUUUGAGAGGUUUUAAAUGAACAGAAGUACCUCAUUAUCGGAACACACGGUGGAUAUUUUCAUAAAAUACACAUUAGUCCUAUGCAAAGCUGUUCUGUAAAUAUAAACCAUGUCUGAAGGUUUGUUUAAAAAAGAAAUAUUUAAUUUCAAAUCAUAUGCCUUAAUUACUUCCUAUGUGUAGUUUUACUUGUGCAGUUGUAAACAAAAAACAAUAUGACCGUGCAUUUACUACUUUUGCAUUUAACACACACUAAAUAAAAUGUUUUAUUAGAAGUUUUUUUAGUGGUAAGCUUAAUUUCUGUUGCCUUGCUUCGGAAAGUUGGCAGUUAGACAAUUUUUAUAAAUAUUAGUACACUUAUUAAUAUAGUGUAUAUUUAAUAAUAACUAUAGUAAGUUUCAAGUGGAGAAAUUGUUUAAAAUGGAAAGAUUUUAUAAUUUUUAAACAAGGGUAAUAUAUUUAAUGUCUGGAAUUUUUUAGAUUUAUAUAUUAAAUAGUUAAAGUGAAAUCCGUAUGCAUCAGUUUACAAUGAAUGUGUGUCAGAGCAUUGACAUUUUGUUUCAUCUCAAUGAAAUAAAAGGGAUUAAACUCUGAAAUAUGUUUUAUAAUGAAACUGAAAUGUAUCACUGUGUUGCUGUGCUUCUAAUUUUCUGUCCAUUUGUUCCUCUUUUGAUAUCUUCUUACUUUGCAGUAACGGUAAGCACUUUGUCAUGGACACUAAUUUGUAGGAUUGCGUACUCAAAAUUGUUUUCUGCUCUUUUGAUAAUGAUAUGUGGUUUCAAGAACUGGAAAUUGAUUGUCUGGUUUUAAAUAGCUACUCAGGCUAACUUGCAUCUUGUUUAAGUAAUCAUAAGUACCAUUUACACAGUUGUUUAAGCUAGCAGAGGUUUUACUAACUAAUUGAACAUAUUUGGUGUUAUCAGUAGCACUUUAUAAAUACCAUUUUUCUUGGAAUCUGUACUACUCUGUCCACCUUCUCCCUCCAAGCCCCUUUCCCCAUUUUAAAAUGUAUCUGUUUCAAAAUAAAAGCAGACACUUAAAUCCUC